GCGGUCUUCAUUAUAAACCUUGGACUGCAUCUACCUUAAAAAUAACCAUACCUUAUUCAUCUAUACCUGUUAGGCUAUUCUCUAUCAGCCUAUAUCUAUACUCCGUUCAAAUGGCAAGCUCAUCAAACGCUCCUCCUCCUUGUGCUUCAGCACCAAUACAAGACCUUGACUACUUGUACGCAUCAAUUGCCAACAUUUCGAACUUUGUUUCUGUGAAACUUUCCAGUGACGGCAACUACCAUCUAUGGAAGACACAAAUGCUUUGUCUCAUGAAUAGUCACAAUAUGGUUGGCCUCGUGGAUGACACAAUUGUCGGUCCAAGAAUUCAAAGCAAUUUGAUUCUGGGCCAAUAUAAUAGUGUUCUCAAAGGUUGGAUCUUUGCUUCGGUUAGCGAAAAUGUACUUGACGCUGUGGUUGAUCUCAAAUCCGCCAAAGAAGUUUGGGACAAAUUGAAAUCCUUCUAUGAUUCAACUACGGGUCCUCAUCAAGAUCUAGGUCCAACAAAACUAGAAGCAAUGCAAGAAGUCAUAGAAGAAGUGGUUCCAGCGGAACAAGGCCCACACGACACAGCCACGAUAAAUAUUGGAACAGAUGAUAAUCAGACAGAAAACAUGAUACCCGUAACAAAAGAGGAACACGAGAAGUUGCAUAAAGCUACUGUGAAGGGGGAUUGGAAGGAAGCAGAAAGCAUAAUAAGAAACAAGAAACAUGCAGUGGAAUUGGAAAUGAGCAAAGACGGCAGCACAAUACUUCACUUGGCUGUUGGAAUAGGUCAUAACGAAUUUGUGGAAAAUUUACUUUGGAAUAUAAAAGAUGGAGACUUAUGUAAAAGGAGGAGAAGUUCUGAUGGAAGCACAGCCCUCCACAUCGCUGCAAUUGUUGGGAAUAGAUAUGCAGCGCAUCUCUUGCUUGAAAAGAGCAAAGACUUGUUACGAAUUAAAGACCAUAAAGGCCAUGUAGCAUGGCAUAAAGCUUAUGAAAAUAUGCAUCUUGAUACCUUGGUAUAUUUGUUCAAAGCCUCUGGUCCUGUUGCCAUAACCAGGGCGCUGUCUCUUCCUUCACGGCUACAAAACAGGUCGCUUACUUCACAGGACACUACUCACCCUCAACUUCACCCUAAUACGGAAAUAGGGGAUGACCUUCUUGUUAGUUUUAUUUCUGCCCACGAAUUCAAUCUAGCAUCGGAAUUAAUUAAAGAUUUUCCUGAAUUUGCUGUGAAAACUGAUGGUGUACUCAUGGCGUUAGCUAAAAGCUUUCCGAGUGGACUAAACCAUUGGGAAACACUUAUCUAUCCAUCGUUGGACGGUAUCUGGGAAGCACUAGAGAAUGCAUCAAUAAUUUUCUUCGGAUCAUUUCUGAUUAUCCCUAUCGUUAUACGCAGUUUCUUCGUGGUGGAGGAGGACCCUCUCCCAAAAUGGAGCAUUCUAAUGGUGAUACCUUGCUUCGUCGGUGGCUUGAUAUAUUUCCUCAUAUCAGUUGUUUAUUACAUAUAUUAUCUUUUGUGGAAGGCUUCGUCGGUGAUAGUUGCACCCAUUAAGCAUAUCGAGAAGAAAAAGAAGGAAUGGGAAGAAGCAGAAAAUGUUCUAAAUUUGGUAUGUAAUGAAAUAGACAAGUUAGAAUAUUGUGGUACACAUCAUCCCUAUUACACGGGACCAAUUCUUGAGGCUGCGCGUCAAAAUGUUUAUAAGGUUGUUGAUGAGAUUUUAUUUAGAUCACCUGAAGCGAUUCGGUGUACAGAUAAAAAUGGAUAUGACAUCAUUAUAUUAGCAGUUUUACACCGUUCAUAUAAAGUCUACAACCUUAUCUAUGACAUUGGGGAGCGGAAGAAUCUAUACAGAACGUUUGUUGAUUCCUCUAAGAACAAUAUCGUGCACUUGGUUGGAAAGUUGGCACCUUCAGAUGAACUCAGUCGUAGAACGGGUGCAGCAUUACAGCUACAACGAGAACUUCAAUGGCAUGAGGAGGUGAAGAAACUCGUGUUUCCUACAUACAUCACUCAAGAGAACAUUUUUAAAGAGACACCAGAUAUGGUGUUCACAAGGGAACACGAAAACUUGUUGAAAGAAGGAGAGAAGUGGAUGAAAACCACAUCGGAAUCAUGCAGCAUCACUGCAGUGCUAAUUACCACAAUUGUAUUUGCAGCAGCAAUUACCGUACCAGGUGGAUCCAGUGAAACAACUGGCGCUCCUUUGUUUAGAAAAGACGUUGGGUUCACUAUUUUUGCUAUAUCAGAUGCCAUUUCACUGUUUGCAUCCACUACCGCAUUAUUAGUGUUCUUAUCGAUCCUUACUGCACGUUUUGCUGAGAACGAUUUUCUAGUCAGUCUUCCAAGACGAUUGCUUAUUGGUAUUUGUGCCUUAUUGAUCUCAACAACUGCUAUGAUGGUAGCCUUCAGCGCAACAUUGUUCCUUGUCUUUUCUGAUCAAAAACCAUGGAUGCUUGGUCCCAUAUGUGGAUUAGCUUUCAUCCCGAUUUUUACUUUUGUCACUCUACAAUUCCCCCUCAUAGCAGAUCUAUUUCGGUCGACCCAUUUACCCAUAUUUGGCAAGCAAAGGAAAAGUGCUUAUACAAGAUUUAAUGCGGACACCGUAAGGUUGUGUUUUGAUAUGUACAGGAAGGCUUGAAGCCUCGACCUCAAAUUUGUCCCACAACACCGGAUACCGUUGGGCUAUAAGCGUUUUGAAACGGAAUUAGCACAUAUCUUGGAAGUUGGAAUUAAUCAUGUAUUCUACUGUAUAACAAUAAAGAUUCUUUGUUCCGGAGCAUCAUAAUUAUUACAUCUUAUAUGAUGAAUUUGUGGAUGCGAGUAAAAUACAAAAAUCGUUGUUAUUUA